CUUCUUCUCCCCCAGCCGAAUUGAUACAAAAAAAAAAGAAUAGCUGGGAAAUCGCCAUCAUGGCUCCGCCGGCAUGGAUAGCAGAUAAUAUUCCGACGCUUCUGCGUCCGUUGUUGCUGAUGGCCAUAGCCACCUACCACUUCAUAAUGACCAUCCUCGAAAUAAUUUUCGUCGAGCGCCAACCCGCCAAGCUCUUCGACAUUACCGGGCUGCGGUUCAAAGCCUUCGCUCGACUCUGGACCUACAAUGGCGAGGCCAUGUCGGUCGAGAUGCCUGGACCGUUUGACGAGCUUGUUUCGAAGUGCCAGGGCGUUGUUCUUGACAUUGGACCCGGAUCCGGGGAGCUGCUCAAGCGCUUUAACGCCCAGCACAUUUCGGCCAUGUAUGGCGCGGAGCCCGCUACGCCCCUGCACCCGAAGCUCAUCAAGAACGCGGAAAAGGCCGGAUUCGGCGGAAAGUAUCAUGCGCUGAUUUGUGGAGGGGAGCCUGAGAGCUUGAUCCCGGCUCUGUAUAAGAGCGGUAUCCUGGGGCAGAGCGGGACGGGCGGCACAGCAGAGAGCGGCGUGUUCGACGAAAUUUGCUGCCUGCGGGUGCUAUGUGGGGUUCCGCAUCCGCAACAGACCAUCAAGGGGUUAUAUGCGCUGCUAAAGCCUGGUGGGCGGAUGGUGAUUUGCGAGCAUGUGGUGAAUCCGUGGAGGACCGAGGGAAGCAUGCUGGGGAGGCUCGUGCAGUUUUUGUACACGAUCAUUGGGUGGCCUUUCCUCAUGGGCGGGUGCGAGCUGCAGAGGCAUACGCCGGAAUUCCUAAGGGAAGCUGGUGAAUGGGAGAAGUUCGAUUUGGAGUACGUUGGGCCCAAGGAGGCGGUUCCAUUUGUGGUGGGCGAGUUGAUAAAGAAGGCGUAGGCCGGGUGAGGGAAGUAAAGUGACGAGUACCUGGCGGAGUAAUACGUCCCAUAUCCUUGAGCGAAGAAUUUCAAUAUCCCUGAUACACAUGAAAAGGGG